GCGGUCUUAAUCCAUCGCGCGUGGCUAGCUAAUGAAGCAUUCAAACUAUCACAGCCAUAUCUAACCACAGCAAUGAGUGAAUAUAACAGAAGGCAGAAAACACAGCGUGUGCACAAAAGCUAAAUGGCUAACGAAAAGUAUCAUGUCUCCACAAAAUGUCCAAGAGACGAGGCGGACCAUGCUAAUAUUUUUGUCAUUUGGUUUCGUGUCCUACUUCGUUUCCAGUUUUCUUGCCACUAGCGCAGAGGACUUGCUGGGUGGGAAGACUCUCCCGACAGGCCACGUGUAUUUGGCGGUCGCUCUUCCUUUCUCCGUCCUUCCCACUACUGUUCCAUAUUUAUUUGAUCGCAUCCCGGCCCUCGUAUGGAUAGGUCUUCUCUUCCCUCUCAACCACUUGGGCAUCUUGGCGGUCGCCCUGUGCCGUGUUGAAUGGGUGAGAUUAGUUGGCGUGUUUUCGCUGUCAACUGCAGCCUCGUUAUCAGACGUGACUGCGAUAUCGCUAACUGCUCACUUCCACAAGCGGACAGUGACAGCUUAUUGCUCUGGACUGGGAUUCGCAACGUUCUUCGCACCCAUGUACUACACAGGUACAAACUAAGGCCUUCCACAUUUAACGGAAGUAUCAUAUGAAGUAUAAAAUUUGGGGCUAAAAUUUGGUACACAGGGGGCCCGGGGGCCACAGGGGGCCCAGGGGGUCGCGAAGCACCCUCGGCAGCCGCCAAAGUAGGUUUGUAAUAUUCAAAAUAUCACCACAUCUUACACAUUGUCAAAAAAAUAUAUCAAUCCCGGCGCGCCUAUUGAGUUUAUCCUGUAAUCAAUGGUAGCACAAGAAUUACAAUUUCAUCAAUUCUGUACA